AUCAGGUCUGGGCAGCACUUAAAAAAAACAAUUGACAAUAGUUUAAGGGACAAUGAAAUUGAAUACAUUUAACAUAUUUUAAACUUUUAAAACAAUAACCGUCGGUCGGCUGCAGAUACUGUCACUUUACCGGUCUGCCUCUACCAGUAAAUAGUAUCAUUCGUGUUCGGUCAUGAGACCGAAGAAACCAAAGUGAUCUAAGAUAAAUUGUAUACAAGCAUUAGGGAGAACAAACAGGUAUGUUUUCGGGAUUUUAACGUUCAAAUCGAACUUGCUAUGGACUCGGUUAUGCUCAAAGAUUGUAGCUGAUAACGGUUUGUUUGGAGUAAUCUGGAAACUAGGAUAGAAUAAAAUUUCCACGGAGAGAUCAAGAUUACCCAGGCCCCCUUGGGGGCCAAGGUUGGACCACUUGGUAUCAAGACGGGGUUGCAAGGGGAUCCACAAACCUGGUUUACGGUAACUAGAACUCACUAGCACCAGCAGUAUGGCGGCUUCAAGCAGAUAUGGAAUCUCACUCAAGCAACUCAGGGAGCUCAUGGAGCACAGGGGGAUGGAAGGAGUCCAACGGGUAUCUGAGUUCGGCGGAGUUCACGAGAUAGCCAGGAAACUUAACACCUCGGAGCAAACUGGGUUGCCAGGGGAUAACUCCGAUCUUGAGCAUAGACGGGACUACUUCGGAUCCAACACAAUACCACCCAAACCUGCUAAAACAUUUCUCGCGUUGGUUUGGGAAGCUUUGCAGGACGUUACACUUAUCAUACUACAAAUUGCAGCGGCGGUUUCUCUCGCUCUCUCUUUUUACAAACCCCCCAAGAAUGAAGACGACCCUGCUGAAGAGGAAAACCAUGCAGACUGGAUUGAGGGACUUGCAAUUCUACUUGCAGUUGUCAUCGUCGUACUUGUUACUGCCUUUAAUGACUGGAGCAAAGAAAAACAAUUUCGUGGGUUACAAGAUAGGAUUGAGGGAGAACAAACCUUUUCUGUGAUAAGGAACUCAUCAGCUGUUCAAGUUCAAGUUGGAGAACUAGUAGUCGGGGAUAUAAUUCUAGUUAAAUACGGAGACUUGCUACCUGCCGACGGUCUAGUUAUUCAGAGCAAUGAUCUAAAAGUUGAUGAGAGUAGUUUAACAGGGGAGUCGGACCAAGUAAAGAAAGGUGUGUCUUGUGAUCCCAUGGUUCUCUCCGGAACCCAUGUUAUGGAAGGAAGUGGGAAGGUUCUGGUUUCUGCUGUGGGAGUCAACUCACAGGCUGGGAUUAUAUUUACUCUCCUUGGAGCAGCUGCAGACGAGGUCGAAGAGGAAGAGAAAAAGAAGAAGAAGCUUGAUAAGAAGAGUAAAGGUCGAGAUCCUAAUCAAAAUAAUGCUAACCAAUUGGGGAAUUCAAUUGAUAUCGAGGAAGGGGUUGGAAACUCUCAUCCAUCACACGCUGCCGAGUCAGGUGGAGGGGGUGGAGGAGAAGUUGAAGGAGAGAAAUCAGUCCUUCAGGCUAAGCUUACCAAUCUGGCGAUUCAAAUCGGAUACGGCGGGAUGGCUGUAUCUCUUGUUACCGUUAUUAUUCUCUCUAUCAGAUUCUCAGUAGAUGAGUUUGUGUAUAAGGAAGCUGUUUGGAGCAUGUAUUACAUCAAUUUCUACGUCAAGUUUAUUAUUAUUGGUGUUACCGUGUUGGUAGUAGCUGUCCCUGAAGGAUUACCCCUGGCGGUCACUUUAUCGCUAGCUUACAGCGUCAAGAAAAUGAUGGCAGACAACAACUUGGUUAGACAUCUAGAUGCCUGUGAAACCAUGGGAAAUGCAACUACUAUAUGCUCCGACAAAACAGGAACUCUAACCACUAACAGGAUGACCGUUGUUCAAGCAUUCAUCUGCGAUCAACAUUUUAAGCCGGACCGGAACUCUCUACCUAAGCUCCGAGAUCUCCCACCUCAAGUUGGUGUGAUCAUCACCCAGGGAGUGGCAAUCAACUCUUCAUAUUCCUCUGAUGUCAAGGUUUCAAGUUCUACACAGUAUGUGGAAAUAUCUACCCAAAGUGGAAAUACUUCAAAAAAUAGUAGUGGCGCUAUUCGCUGGGAGCAGGGAACCUGUAAUAAAAGUUUCAAAGACGAAGCACAGAAAAUCGGGCAGAAAAAUUCCUGUUCUAACGGACAAAAAGUCGAGGCCGGUAGCUUGCCCACACAGAUCGGUAAUAAAACGGAGUGUGCUCUUCUUGGGUUCGUUAUUGAUCUCGGAGUCGAUUAUAGACAGUUGAGGCGAGAUAUGCCGGAUACUAGGUUCAAGAAGGUCUACACCUUCAAUUCGGCCAGAAAAUCGAUGAGCACAAUAAUCCCUCUCGACUCCGGCGGGUUCAGGGUCUACACCAAGGGAGCAUCAGAGAUAAUCAUGAAAAAGUGCAGUUUUCUGGUCGGCGAGGGAGGAAAGAUAGAAGCGUUUACAGCAGCACAUCAGGAUAGACUGGUUCAGACGGUGAUCGAACCGAUGGCCAAGGAUGGACUGCGUACCAUUUCCCUGGCCUAUAGAGACUUUGUUCCAGGGAAGGCUGAGAGAAACCAGGUUCACUAUGACCCAGGAACAGAGCCUAACUUUGAAACGAUGGGAGAAGAUAAUGUCAUUGCUAAUAUGACGUGUGUAUGCAUUGUUGGUAUAGAGGAUCCUGUACGAGAUGAGGUUCCUGAUGCUAUUAAGAGAUGCCAGAGAGCCGGGAUAACAGUUCGGAUGGUUACCGGAGAUAAUAUAAAUACUGCAAGAGCAAUCGCCACCAAAUGCGGAAUAAUAAAACCCGGGGAUAAUUUCUUAGUUCUGGAUGGGAAAGAGUUUAACAAGAAAAUUCGAGACCCUCAUACCAGUGAGGUCAGGCAAGAUUUAUUGGACAAGGUCUGGCCCCGGCUUAGAGUGCUGGCCCGCUCCCAGCCUAUCGAUAAAUAUACCCUGGUCAAGGGUAUCAUUGACAGCAACAUUUCUAAUGCCAGGGAAGUCGUAGCUGUCACUGGGGACGGUACCAAUGAUGCUCCUGCACUAAAAAAGGCUGAUGUAGGGUUUGCGAUGGGGAUAGCUGGAACCGAUGUGGCAAAGGAAGCCUCAGAUAUUAUUCUGACAGACGAUAAUUUUACAAGUAUAGUCAAGGCAGUUAUGUGGGGAAGAAACGUGUACGACUCCAUUUCCAAGUUUUUGCAGUUUCAACUUACUGUCAACGUUGUUGCAGUUGUUGUUGCCUUUGUUGGAGCUUGCGCAAUACAGGACAGUCCUCUCAAAGCUGUUCAAAUGCUGUGGGUAAACCUAAUUAUGGACACACUUGCAAGUCUUGCUCUUGCCACAGAGCUACCUACUCCUGAUCUCCUUCUCAGGAAACCAUACGGGAGGACAUCUCCUCUCAUCUCCGCCACAAUGGCUAAGAAUAUCCUGGGGCAGGCGAUAUAUCAGCUCGUAGUCGUCUUCGGAAUAAUGUUUUUCGGAGAGAAAUUAUUUGAUAUUGACAGCGGUAGAUAUGCAGAUCUGCGUGCUCCACCCUCCGAGCAUUUUACCCUGAUUUUCAAUGCUUUCGUGAUGAUGACUCUAUUCAACGAAAUCAACGCCAGGAAGAUUCAUGGACAAAGGAACGUAUUUAGCGGAGUUUUCACCAAUCCUAUUUAUUAUGUUAUAUGGAUUGCAACAUUCCUUUCUCAGGUGAGACAAGCCAACAUUUAUAUUGAAAGUAGUUGCAUAAACAGUGUUUAAAUCUCUUAUUAAAUGUCCUGUCCGAUGUA